UCUCAAUCCAAACCACAUCACAAAAAUCCAUUAAUGGGUGUUUACAACCUCAAUGCCAAAGUUUCAAUCAUGGCUGUUUACACCCUCACGAUCAAACAUUUCCGAUUUCCACAGCUUUUCAACCUUUUUUCUUUAUUUAUGAUCACCAAUCUUUUCUCUGUACUAACCCCAUUUACAUUUACAAGUGCUUUGUCCUUCAACUUCACUAGUUUUAGCUCUCAGGAACUUAACAUAUCAUACGAGAAAGCUUACGCUGAUGAAGACCAAGUAAUCCAGCUCACAGGCAGCACGCUGAAAGAAGGGUUGGCAGGUCGAGCCAGUUAUUUCAGAUCCAUGCACCUGUGGAAUAAGGCCUCCGGACACCUCACAGAUUUUUCUACCCAUUUUACCUUUGUCAUUGAUUCGCAGAAUCAAACAAAAUAUGCAGAUGGGUUGACCUUCUUCUUCGCACCUAAUGGUUCCAAACUUUCUCCGGGUGCCUAUGGUAAAAAUCUGGGUCUCUAUAACUACCCACCGUCAAAUUCACAGGAUAGUUGUUUUGUUGCAGUGGAAUUUGAUAUUUGGAGCAAUUUCCAAUGGGAUCCGCCUGGGGCACGUGUAGGUAUUGAUAUCAACUCCAUGAAAUCUGUUGCUAAUGUGCCAUGGUUGAGUAAUAUUUCUAUAAUGGAAGGGAAAACAAAUGAAGCUUGGAUUAGUUACAAUUCAAGCUCAAAAAAUUUGAGUGUUGUCUUUACUGGUUUUAAAAACAAUGUUACUGUUUUGCAAUCGCUUUCUCGUAAUGUUGAUUUGAGAAAUUACCUACCUGAGUGGGUUACCUUUGGAUUCUCAGCCGCAACAGGAUAUAAUAGUUCUGCAUUACAUACUAUUAAAUCUUGGGAUUUUAUUUCAAGUCUGGAAAUUGAUAAUAACAAUACCAACCCAAAAGGUUCCAGUCUGAACCUCCCCGCUAAGAAAAGGAACACGUCCGUGUUAGUUGUGGGGUUCAUUGUUGGUGGAUUUAUUUUGGUUGGUGGGUUGGCCAUGGUUCUGUUUGUCUUGUGGAAGAGGAAUCGGAGGGAUAAAGAAGAUGAUCGUGCCCUUGAUGAAGAGUUUAAAAGGGGAACAGGACCUCGGAGGUUUUCAUAUGAUGAAUUGGCUCGUGCGACAAAUGAUUUCAAUGACAAAGAAAAGCUAGGCCAAGGAGGAUUUGGUGGGGUUUACAGGGGAUUUUUAAGGGACUUAGAUACCAUUGUUGCUGUUAAAAGGGUAUCAGAAGGGUCUAGACAAGGGAUAAGAGAGUAUGCAUCAGAAGUAAAAAUUAUCAGUCAAUUGAGACACAAGAAUUUGGUGCAACUCAUUGGAUGGUGUCACAAAAGAAGUUCUGGACAACUAUUACUUGUUUAUGAUUUCAUGCCCAAUGGAAGCUUAGAUUCACAUCUUUUCAGAGAAGAAGCCUUAUUGAUAUGGGAAGUGAGGUACAAAAUUGUACAAGACUUGGCUUCAGCCUUGCUUUACUUGCAUGAAGGAUGGGAACGCUGUGUGUUGCACAGGAAUAUAAAAUCAAGCAAUAUUAUGCUUGAUUUUAAUUUCAAUGCCAAACUUGGGAAUUUUGGAUUAGCUAAGCUUGUGGACCAUGCUAAAGCAUCACGAAUUACUGAUUUGGUAGGUACCAAGGGCUAUAUGAACCCAGCAUGUGUCACAACUCGUAGGGCCAUUAAAGAAUCAGAUAUCUACAGUUUUGGAAUUGUUGUAUUGGAGUUAGCCUGUGGAAGAAAGCCAACCAAACACGAGGCCCUAGAAGAUCAGGUAGUGAUGUUGAACUGGGUUAAGGAGCUCCAUGAAUUAGGAGAGGUUCUUAAUGCAGCUGACCAAAGGUUGGGUGGACGUUUUAAUGAGCAACAAAUGAAGUGCUUGUUAAUUUUAGGCCUUUGGUGUGCUCACUCCGAAUGCGAUCGUAGGCCUUCAAUAAGAGAAGCAAUUCAAGUGCUCAAUUUUGAAGCUCCAUUUCCUCUUCUCCAAUUAGAUACUCUCAGGUCAUCAUAUCGUACUCCAAUGAAUGAAGCUGCAUCUUUGCUUUCAACCUCCAAUGGUGCUACUAAUUAUAUGGGAUGACAAUAGCAAUUCCUCAUAGUUUAAAGCAAACUUUUUUGCUUAUCCACCUGCUUUUCUUUUGUUGUUAAAAGUUAAACUUGUUUGAACUGUACUUUCACUUAAAG